ACAAAGAGAGAGAGGAACAGAGCAGGGGGUGAGCGACAUGCAGAAUAUAUGAGAAACCAGAGAUGAGAGUCGACUGUGAGGUAAGCAGCCGCAGCAGUUUUAAGUUGCUGCGCGUGUGAGGAGGAUUUUUGGAUCCAUCCCAUCGCAGGGCAACCUUACAUCUUUGGGCCGUGGGACAAGAAAUUCCUCUGCUGCUGGACUGCCCAAGGAGUCAGCUGACAGGGUGGAACAAGAAGAAAGAAAUGAGGAGGAGGAGCUGCAGGGUUUAUCAGCAGCCGCUCACAGGAGGACACAACCUGCAUGGUGACUUUGCUCUAAGCUGGUGAUCAAGAUGCAGAGCGUACCAGACGAGCGGAGGGAUGAGAGGGAAAGAGGACGAGGAGGUGAUGAGGAGAUGUUAAUCAAGAAGAGAGGGGACCCAAAGAUAAAGAAUGGAGGCGCAGGAGCUGAAGAGGUGGAGAAGGAGUCUCUCAUGAUGGAGCUGACGAGGCUGGUUCAGAAGGUGGUGAAGGAGAGCAGCUGGUGGGAGAGGAGGGGGGUCGAUUGCAGUAUCCUGGCAGCAGCGUUCCUCUGCCUGCCACCUGCCUUCCUGCUGCUGGGCUCCUCGAGGCUUCUGGGGUUUUCUGCAGGCGUGCUGCUGAUGGGCGUGGCUCACGCUGUCAUCACCGUCAAGGGGACACAUCUGGCCAGCCACGGGGCGCUGAGCGAGUCGCAGGCCUGGGGAAGGAUCUGGGCCGUCUUUUUCAUCGAGAUCUGUGGCUCAUUCUCAGCCCGAGCCGGCAUUCAGGGCCACAUUAAGAUGCAUCACGCUCACACUAAUGUCAUUGGAUUGGGUGACUCCAGCGUGUGGAAGGUGCCCUUCCUGCCUCGCAUCAUCUACCUGUUCAUAGCCCCCCUGGCCGUGCCCAUCAUCACUCCGCUUGUUGCGCUCGCUCAGCUCAAAGGACACUCUUUGGCCCACAUCCUUAGGACCGUCCUGAUGGUAACCCUGGGCCUGUAUUCACAGUACUGGCUGCUCAUUAAUGUCUCUGGGUUCACGUCACCUUACCGGGCCUUGCUGUGUAUGCUCGUGUGCAGGGCGAUGUUCUCCGUGCCGUAUAUCCACGUCAACAUCUUCCAGCAUAUCGGUCUGCCGAUGUUUUCUCCAACUCGCCGACCAAAGAGGAUUCACCAGAUGACCCACGGAGUCCUGAACCUGCCGCGAAACCCUCUGCUGGACUGGAUCUUUGGACACUCGCUAAUCAACUGUCACGUGGAGCACCAUCUCUUCCCCUUCCUGUCAGACAACAUGUGUUUAAAGGUAAAACCUGUUGUGUCCAAAUACCUGACCGAAAAGCAGCUUCCAUAUCAGGAGGACACCUACUUGUCCCGCCUGCACCUGUUCUUCCACAAAUACCAGGAACUGAUGGUGUUUGCCCCGCCCAUCACAGAGCUGGUGGGGGUGCAGUGACAGAGAGAGGGCGAGAAGAAGAAAAAACCUGUUCGGACUAAUGACGUCAGCCGCUCAAAAGCACAAGCAUUUCUGCUGCCACAGUUUGAACCUCUAACACACGGAAUAGGUCCUGAAUCGAUGCGUAGAUUCUAAUAUUAGGAAAUUAACCCCACGUCCUAACGAUCUGAAUGAAUAUCCUACACCUUUAGACACAUUUAACACAAAGAAGAAUCAAACACUGGCCUGACUGUGGACACUUGGAGCUGGAUUAAACAAAGCUGUGAAGCUGACCUGGGGCCUGCCUCAUAAACAAAUACAACAAAGUGAGCAUUGUGUGAAGAAAUGGUCCUGCUUUGGAAAUCUGAGAAAACCCGAGCACUUUGGCUAGAAAUAGCUCAAAAAUAAGGUUUCCAAAAGUAGUAUAGAGGAAAAUACUACUUUUGGAAACGUCAAUGGAGGGGUGACGACCAUUUGUGUUUAAAAAAAAACAAAAAACAAAAGACGUGACAAGAAAUAACACAUUUAAUCUAAUAUUUAGGCUAUUUAACCCAGUGUGCAACUCCUUGGUGUAAAAGAGACCCGAGGGAAACAGAAGCAAAAAAAAAGUUAUGAAAAUACAAGCAGUUCAUAAUAAAACCACAAAAAACUGAUGACCACGUACUCAGGUGGAGGUGUGGUCUGAUACUGUGGGAAAAGGAUAACAGAGUCAGAACAAAAUCAUUGACAGAUUGCAGCAAAUGCCUCUCUUAGUACUUGCACUGGUACAUUUCUAUUAGGUGUAAAGGAGACAGAUGUAAUUACAUUACAUUUGGUUGCAGUGGCCUCAGGACAAAGAAAUCCAGACUUUUUGUCAAAUCUGUAAAGACUAUUUAGCAGAAACUGUUGAAUAAGUUUCUUUUUCCUUAGAGCAGGGUGUGUUUUACAUCAGUGAAUUCAACCCAGGCUGUUUAGAAAUGGUGGUUAAACUCGUAAAGAUUUGCUUAUGGAGCUCUUGACCCUGAUACUGCAGGGAAAUCUGAACUUGAUAACCUAACUUAGCCUUUUUUCAGCUUCCUGUUGUUUUCCAAACAGUAGACCUGUUACUGUCCUACUCAAUGACUAAACCACUGUUUGAAAAUAGAACAAACGAUUUUAUAGUCCUAAUAAUAAAAUGCAGGCAGCUGACACCUCAUCUCUGAAUGCUUUCACUGCUCGGUAGGAUUCCAAAAUUUGGCCAAUCAGAAGAAAGUGGGCUUUCGGGUCAUAGGAUAAAAAGCUUGUUUUAGAAAGCAGUGCUACUCCAGUGGACUCUCACAAUAAAAAUCUAAAGCUGGAAAUGUGAAGGAUAGAAGGAUGGGUCCUCUUUAAUGUGUGUUUCCCCUGCUGUGUUUUGUUCUGGGGCCACAAAAACAGUCAAAGACGGCACGCCAGACGACCACGUUAUAAAGCACAGUGAUGCCAGAGGAGGUAAUCAGUUGUAAUCUCUCUGCAUCAUGAGGCAGGCCUCUGAUCUCAUGCACUGACCGAUGGCAGAAAUAAUUUAUUUUUGGUCAAUGACACUGAUUAUUUCUUGGUUUUUCAUAAAUUAACAAAACAAAACCAAAAAAACAUCUGUAGCUCCUGGACUUGAGGUCAGGGAUGUAAUCGUGUGUGUGUGUGUGUGUGUGUGUGUGUGUGUGUGUGUGUGUGUUUCACAGAAUAAAUUCUAACAUGAAGUUACUGAAAUAAAAAUCAUGCUAUUGCUUUUUAUUCCUGUAAACGAAUGAGCUGCCUGUCACCCCUGCUGUCGCUCUCCUGUUUGUUUAACACUUAGGCUGUGAUUUGGGUAAAAAUGUGACUUAAAAUAUGAAUAAAGGCUUUGUUUCAUACGCU